GCGACAGAUUUGUGCCAAAGCUCCCCUUGUGUCAAUGGUACAUGUGAAAACAUAGAAAAUGGAUAUAUAUGUAAAUGUCAACAGGAUUUCACGGGACAAAACUGCGAAACACAUCUCUGUAAAGGUUAUCCAUAUUGGACGUUUUAUGAGGGCGAUUGCUUUGUCUGUAAAGGAGUCGAAAAAACGUGGCAUCAAGCCCGAACAGAUUGCCAACUGGAAGGGGCGGAUCUUGUGUCUAUUACAAAUGCAGGCAUCCAGAGCUUCGUGCAGAGUCACUGUACAACCCAAUAUAACUGGAUUGGACUUAACGACAUACAGACAGAAAAUCAUUUUGUAUGGCUGGAUAGUUCUAAUGUGAGCACAUUCACAAACUGGUCACCUAGUGAACCAAACGAUGCGGCGGGUGAGGAUUGUACCCAAACGCGUGGUGCUAGUGGUCAAUGGAAUGAUUUGGAUUGUUCGAACAAUUUAACCUUUAUAUGUCAGAAAAGUGCAGAUACUGACGAAUGUUUGUCUUCACCAUGUGGAAAUGGUACCUGUGUUGAUCUUUUCGGAACUUACAAAUGCAUUUGCGAAGCUGAGUUCACAGGAAACAACUGUGAUAAAGACAUGAAUGAGUGUCGGAGUUCUCCCUGUGUUCAUGGAUCUUGUGUAAAUCUUAUCAACGAAUUUGAGUGCCAUUGCCAACCAGGAUUUACUGGCAAAAGAUGUGAACACGAUGUGAAUGAAUGUCAAAGCUCCCCGUGUCGCUAUGGUAACUGUACAAAUUUAGUCAACAAGUAUGAAUGCAACUGUUACCCUGGAUACAGAGGGGCUAACUGUGAAACAGAUAUAGAUGAAUGUUCAAGUUCCCCUUGCCUCCAAGGCACUUGUAUUGACCUGGCCAAUGCCUAUAAGUGUGUAUGUCGACAAGGUUACAGUGGUACAAACUGUGAGAAAGAUGUAAACGAGUGCCUUAGUUCUCCAUGCUCUCAUGGUCAAUGCGUUGAUAAAAUCAACUCCUUUACAUGUGACUGCCAGUUUGGAUACGUGGGAACCUUUUGUGAGGAAU